AUUUCAGCUCUUAAAAUGGCAGAAGAAGAUGCCUAUAUCAUGGGAGUAUCUGAUCAUCAAAUGUUUGCAAUGGAGCAGUUCAUGGGAGUGAAUGCACUAUUUAAUAAUACAGGUUUCAUUACCUCAGAGUUACCACUACGAACAGAUGGACCAUAUCUUCAAAUCAUAGAACAGCCUAAACAGAGGGGGUUUCGUUUCAGAUAUGUGUGUGAAGGGCCAUCACAUGGUGGACUUCCGGGUGCUUCUAGUGAAAAGAACAAAAAAUCAUACCCUCAGGUCAAAAUCUUCAAUUAUGUUGGGUCUGCAAAAGUAAUUGUCCAGUUAGUCACUAAUGGAAAAAACGUCCACCUGCAUGCCCACAGCUUGGUGGGUAAAUAUUGUGAGGAAGGAGUAUGCACAGUUAAUGCAGGACCUAAGGACAUGGUAGUAGGGUUUCCAAACCUAGGGAUACUUCAUGUCACAAAGAAGAAAGUGUUUGAAACUCUGGAAGCACGAAUGACAGAUGCCUGUAAAAAAGGAUACAAUCCUGGGCUCCUAGUGCAUCCUGAACUCAACUAUAUACAAGCAGAAGGUGGUGGAGAGAGACAACUAACAGAGCGGGAAAGAGAAAUCAUCCGUCAGGCAGCCCUUCAGCAGACUAAAGAGAUGGACCUCAGCGUGGUGCGACUCAUGUUCACAGCCUUCCUCCCCGACAGCACUGGCAGCUUCACAAGAAGACUUGAUCCUGUCAUAUCAGAUGCAAUAUAUGACAGCAAAGCCCCCAAUGCAUCCAAUUUAAAGAUUGUAAGAAUGGACAGAACAGCAGGAUGUGUGACAGGAGGAGAGGAGAUUUACCUUCUUUGUGACAAGGUUCAGAAAGAUGAUAUUCAAAUUCGUUUUUAUGAAGAGGAUGAAAAUGGUGGCGUAUGGGAAGGCUUUGGAGAUUUUUCUCCUACAGAUGUACAUAGGCAGUUUGCUAUUGUAUUCAAAACCCCGAAGUACAGAGAUGUCAAUAUCACAAAACCAGCAUCUGUUUUUGUCCAACUACGGCGGAAAUCUGAUCUGGAAACAAGUGAGCCAAAGCCAUUUCUGUACUACCCAGAAAUCAAAGAUAAAGAAGAAGUUCAGAGGAAGCGACAGAAGCUUAUGCCUAAUUUUUCUGAUGGUUACGGUGGAGGCAGUGGUGCCGGAGGUGGAGGGGGUGGAAUGUAUGGAGGCGGAGGAAGUGGUGCUGGCUCAGGGUACGGUUAUCCCUCCUAUGGGUAUUCUGCGUAUGGAGGCAUGCCUUUCCACCCAGGCACCACAAAGUCUAGUGCUGGAAUGAAACAUGGAAUUUCAAAUGAUAUGGCUGAACAGGAUGGGGAAAGCUGCAAUAAGCACGACGACAAACCAGAUAUGAAACAUAACACGACAGUGGAAAUCACAGAGAGGAGGGAGUCCAGAGUUUGUAGUGGUGAUAAUAAGGAGGAGAAUGUUACUUUGUCAUGUACAGCUGGAGUAGCUGAAGCAGAUUGUAGGUUACAGGAUGAUCUGUUCCUGGAGAAGGCAAUGCAGCUUGCUAAACGUCAUGCCAAUGCUCUUUUUGACUAUGCUGUAACUGGUGAUGUGAAGAUGCUACUAGCUGUUCAGAGACAUCUUACUGCCGUCCAGGAUGAAAAUGGUGACAAUGUCCUUCACUUAGCAAUUAUCCACCUUCAUUCUGAGCUGGUGAGAAACCUCUUAGAAGUGGUGCUGGAUUUUAAUUCUGAUGACAUCAUCAAUAUGAGAAAUGACCUUUAUCAGGCACCAUUGCACUUGGCAGUUAUCACAAAGCAGGCAGAUGUGGUAGAGGACUUGCUAAGGGCUGGAGCUGAUGUCAGCCUUCUGGAUCGACAUGGCAAUUCUAUCUUGCAUCUAGCUGCCAAAGAAGGAGAUGACAAGAUUUUAAAUAUACUCCUUAAGCAUGAGAAGACAUCUCCAAUGAUCAACCAUUCAAAUGGGGAAGGUCUCAAUGUGAUUCACAUGGCAGUGAUGGCAAAUAGCAUGCCUUGUCUCAGACAGAUGAUUGCUGCUGGAGCUGACGUCAAUGCUCAGGAACAAAAGUCCGGGCGAACUGCGUUGCAUCUGGCUGUCGAACAAGAGAACAUCUCUUUGGCAGGCUGCCUUCUCCUUGAGGGUGAUGCAGAUGUUGACAGUACUACAUACGAUGGGACAACUCCACUUCACAUAGCAGCUGGAAGGGGGUCUGCAAAACUGACCGCUCUUCUCAAAGCAGCAGGUGCAAAUCCUCACAUUGAGAACUUUGAGCCAUUGUUUGACAUAGAAGAUGUGAGAGACAAAGACAGUGAAGAUGAAGGAAUCGUACCUGGAACGACACCUUUGGAUAUGGCCUCCAGUUGGGAGGUAUUUGACAUAUUAAAUGGCAAACCCUAUGAAUCAAAGUUGGCUUCUGAUGACUUACUGAUGCAAGGAGAUAUGAAAAAAUUGAAUGAAGACUCCAAGCAGCAGCUUUACAAGUUACUAGAAGUACCAGAUCCAAACAAAAACUGGUGUACACUGGCACAAAAAUUGGGUCUGGGAAUACUUAGUAAUGCCUUCAGGUUGAGUCCUACCCCAGCCAAAACUCUGCUGGAUAACUAUGAGGUUUCUGGUGGUACAGUGAAAGAGUUGGUCGAUGCCUUGAGACUAAUGGAUUACACAGAAGCAAUUGAAAUAAUUCAGAAAGUGCUCUCCAUCCCAUUAAACCAGUCUAGCAAUGAGGAUAAUGCUGUGAAGGCUCCGCCAUCGUCACCAUCUGCCUUCUCCACCAAAGAAGAGACGGGUGAACUUUAUAAUGUAAAAUUGCAAGACAAUGAAAGCAUGUGCGAUAGUGGCGUGGAGACCUCCUUCCGCAGACUUAGCUUCACUUAUUCUGAGUCCCUUAACAGCAAGUCAUCGAUAACACUUAGCAAAAUGGCCCUGGGAUAUGGACAAGAAGGCUCAGUUCAAGGCAAAAUGUAA